CCCCUUCACAUCACACACCAGCUACAUAACAGACCACUGCUUUACACAGAUCAACUACCAACACCUGAAUUAAGAGAGUAGAAUUUACUUUUUAAAGAGAAGGAAAACCCUUGACACAGAACUUUACUCUUCAAAUUUCCAAUCAAGACAAGAGGACACAUCAUAAGGUAUUUGUUAAACUUUUCUACUUGUAUGUCUGAUUUUGUGCUAUUUCAAAUAUGAAACAUACCAGCUCCAUACUGCAUUAUAAUUUGUUACAACUCUUAGCGGAGUAACCUAUCCAAUCAAGUUUAAAAUAAAUUCAUAUUGAUGGUAUGUUUAGGGGGCAGACACAUGCAUGGAACAUCCUUCUACUUUUAUGAGUGUCUAAACCUCCACUUAAUUCAAACAGAUGAAGGUAUGUAUGAUUCAGGCCAUAAGUACAAACAAAUCAACUUCUGAGGCACAUUUCCACCCAAACUUUUAAUUUUGACAUUAAUCUAUUAUGAAACACUGUGGUUCAUCCACAAUACGCUACUUUUUUCAAUAUGGCAUAAGAAAUGUUUUCAUACUCUAUUCCAUUGACGACCAAACAUAAUGCCUUCAUGUUAUGCUCAGGAUUCAGUGAUUCACCAGGAUCUAUAAGCAGCAACAAUCACUAUUAGUAAUUUUGUUCUUACCAACUCACCCCUAUCUUCUCGACCUCCUCCUCUCCCUCUUAUCCUCACCUCUAUGGGUCCCUGUUAGAAGAAAAUACACAUUUAUGUCUUGGUUUUACUAGUCUGCCUGUUCUUGUCCAGUUCAAUAUAAGGAGUGGGUCCAAGUAAGCACUAUUGCAUGUUUUCUUAAUUCAAUGAGAGUAGCUUAGAUGGAAUAUAUAACAUGAUCCAGUGGAGAAAAUAAAGAUAAAUGUGUGACGUUUUGCGAGGCUACUUAGUGUUGGGGUAGAAGAAAAGCUCUUUGGGCUUGAUUUAGUGAAGUUGUACUCAGCUAAAGGGAUGACAACAUUAAGGAGCAGAUGACAUUUGCUGGACUUUUUCGCAUGGCUAGGUGAGAUUGAGUGGAUCCAGGUGAGGAGAUGUUGAAGUCUCAGUGAGACUAGGAGUGGCAGCAUGCUGAGAUAGACCGGGCCUGUCACAACACGACUCUGUCCCAGGGCUGUGCUUUCUGAGACUUUGUUUUUAAAUGCAGUUCUGAGCUACACGAUCCUGACCUGUACAGGCCUGUCAUAGGGAAUGAGUCAGUGUGUGUAGGUGUUUGUGGGGUACUCUGCUGGUGAUGAUAACAGAAAUGACCAUGUAAUUCCAUCUCUACAUUUAAAGCAACCACACUUCCUUUUUAUACCAGAAUGUGAACUGUUUUGUAUCCCCCCCCUCUCUCUCUCUCUCUAUCUCUUCCAGGAUGGGAUCUGCUGGGGUACAGAUUGUAUGUGUGGCCCUUGGGGUCUUGGGCCUGAUCGGGGGCAUUGUGUGCUGUGCCAUCCCUAGGUGGAGAGUGUCAUCAUUUACAGGACAGAACAUCGUAACGGCACAGGUACUGAGCAGAUCAACUGUUUUAUUAGACCUAUGUGGUUUACAUUUUAAACCGCAAAAUACUUUCUAACAUUAUAUUGACUCAAAUGACUCUAAAAACUCGAAAAAUGUAGAAUGGAUGCAAUAUGCUGAAGUAAAAUAAACUGUAAUGAAUGAAUGGCGUGUGUAUUACUGUAACUAUUUGUCUCUGUGUGUAGGAAACUGAAGAGGGCCUGUGGAUGAACUGUGUGGUGCAGAGUACGGGCCAGCAGCAGUGUAAGAGCUAUGAGUCCUUGCUGGUCCUGCCAUCUGACCUGCAGGCGGCCCGCGCCAUGACCAUCAUCAGCUGCAUGGUCACCUCCCUGGCCAUCCUCAUCCUGUUCGCCGGCGCCGACUUCACCACCUGCGUGGAGAACGAGGACAUCAAGCCCAAGAUCAGCCUUGUGGCCGGGAUCGCCCUGAUGGUGUCUGGCCUCCUCCUCAUCAUCCCCGUCAGCUGGUCGGCCCACAAAGUCAUCAGCAACUUCUACAACCCCCUUGUGGCCCAGAAGAUGGAGCUGGGAACCUGUAUCUUUAUUGGCUGGGCUGCUGGGGUGCUGCUGAUUCUGGCUGGAGGCCUGCUCAUGUGCUUCAGCAGAGCCAAAUCUGGCAGCUCGGGAGGAACCGCUAAGUACUACAGCAACAGCGCCUCAGCCCCCGCCACCAACAAGAACUACGUGUAGAGCAUGUAGUACACCUCUGUAUGUUUGUAUGUGAGUAUAGAGAUAGUUUGAUGGAAAGGAAAUGGGUCAGACAGAAUGGAAACAAGAAAAGGGAGGGUGGUCCUAUGUUUCUUUUAACUCAAUAUACUAUAAAAUUACUAAAA